GGGAGUGAUCGUAUCUAAAGGCAGUGUGCAGUCUCAGCUCAGCGCAUCUCUCCGCUCAGAUCCCUGCUGCGCAAAAGCCUCUAAGAAACCAGCUUCACCUGUAAUCAGCCUAUCAGACAGGAACAAAAGCGGAUCUGCGUGCUGCUGCAGGAGCCACAUUAAGGAGAAAGAGAGCUUUGGGAGAGAUUUUGGGGGUCAGGAUGCGGGACUCUGUGCUGCUGCUGCUGCUGCUGCUGGUGUUCGGGCUGCUUCAGGAGGCGCGCGCGCAGAAACUCUCCGAGAUCACGUUCCUACGAGUUGACCAGGAGAAGGAGUGUAACAUGGAUUGCUCCAGUGCUCCACGCAAGCCUCUGUGUGCGUCUGACGGACGAACCUUCGCCUCACGUUGUGAGUUCCAGCGCGCCAAGUGCCGCGACCCCCAGCUGGAAGUCAUGCGAGGCUCAUGCAAAGAUACAUCGAGGUGCGUGGCUGAGAAGAAGUACACGGAGCAGCAGGCCAAGAAACUUUUCCCACAGGUGUUCGUUCCUGUGUGUAACCCGGACGGCACUUACAGCGAGGUCCAAUGCCACAGCUUCACUGGCUACUGCUGGUGUGUAACGCCCAAUGGCAGGCCUAUCAGUGGCACAGCGGUAGCCAAUAAGAAGCCUCGGUGCCAGGGCUCCAAGCAUGAGAAGGUCACUCCUCGAGAGCCGGGAAAAGCAGUUUCCUUGCAAAUCUUUUCCAUUCUAAACGCAGAUGAGUCUGUCAUUCUCGUCGAGGAGACACAGCCACCAGUCGACGAGGAAGACAUGAUCUCACGGUACCCGACUCUCUGGACUGAGCAGGUGCGCAGCAGACAGAACAGGACAAGGACACAAUCCUCUUCUUGUGAUCAAGAGCAGCUGACAGCACAAGAGGAGGUGAGGCAACAUAAGAACGAGGCUGUAUUCAUCCCUGACUGUGCCCAAGGUGGUCUUUAUAAGCCAGUCCAGUGUCACCCUUCUACUGGCUACUGUUGGUGUGUUUUAAUAGACACAGGACGGCCCAUACCUGGCACCUCCACCAGAUAUGAACAGCCAAAAUGUGACGGCAAUGCUAGAGCACAUCCCAACAAACCGAAAGAUCUUUACAGGGGCAGACAUCUUCAGGGAUGCCCUGGAAGCAAGAAAACUGAGUUUCUGACAAGUGUUUUGGAUGCGCUGUCUACGGACAUGGUGCACGCAGUUACUGAUCCAGCUGCUGCCGGCAGAAUGCCAGAACCAGACCCUAACCACACCCUGGAAGAGCGGGUGGUGCACUGGUACUUCAGUCAACUGGACAAGAACUUGAGUGGUGACAUCGGCAAAAAGGAGAUCAAGCCUUUCAGACGCUUGCUGCGCAAGAAAUCCAAACCAAAGAAGUGUGUGAAGAAGUUUGUGGAGUACUGCGACAUCAGUAACGACAAGGCCCUCUCUCUACAGGAGCUGAUAGGCUGCCUUGGGGUCACGAAGGAAGACGGGGCCAAAACAAGCGAAGGCACAACUUCCAGUAAACUAAACACGGUGAGAAGGCAAGGCUGAGAUUUCCGCCCCUCUUCUCGCUGCGAUCCUGCCCCACCAAACGGCGAUGGACCCCCAUAGUAUUUGCACUUUGUACUUUAAAAAAAAAAAAUGAUGUAAAUUCACUUUGUAGAAAGAAGGUAUUUAAACAGACUGCUGAACAUGUGAAUGAUGUUAGUUAGCUUUUUUUUUUUAUUAAUGUCCUUACAAAAAACGUUAAUACUUUAACACAUACAAUGUAUGUGUCCUUUGUGAGUCUGCAUUUCUGAGUUUGUAUGAAUUAUAUUACAUGUUGCUUUUUUUUUUUUGUUUUUUUUUUGUUUUUUUACUCAUGUCCUAUUGAUGUGUUUCUUGUUGAAAUUUUUUGUUUUGUAUAUGACACCAGAUUUACACAUAGCUGGUGAAAGAAAAUAAUACAUUAGACACUUGUGCUUCGUUCGUGUACUGGCAUUUUUUACCUACGUAUCAAGCCUAAGACAGGCUUUGUCUUGAUUAGGAAUAAAGAUCUUAUAUACUUUUUAUGUUUUAUAUCAAUACACUGUAUAUAUCGAGUUGUCUGUGAAAUGUUUUUUGCUCGUAAUAAAGACUCUCCUAACUGAA